AUGCGCGUCAUCUUCCUAGCAAUCGGCUGCGCUGCCACACUGUUGGCAACUCUGUAUGCAAAGUGGUUGUCGGUGGAACAUGACGUCCAAGGCAAAAUCGCGCUGAUUCUGGUGGAUGUGCAGCGGGACUUCAUGGACGACGGCCCUGACGGACUGGCCACAGAUCGAUUAGAUCACACUGUUCGCAAGGGCACCCUGCCCGACGUUGAAUCUUACAGUGGGCUCUUCGACCUCGGCCACACGCACCCGACGGGCUUGGUGGAGCUGCUGCGGGCGCGGCGGGUGACCACGCUGGUGGUGGCGGGGGUCGCCACCGACUACUGCGUCCUUUACACGGUGCUGGAUGCGCUGGAGGAGGGAUUUCAGGUCUUCCUCGUCCUGGACGGCUGUGCCGGCAUCAGCGCGGAGGCGGUGCAUGCCGCUCUGGAUCGCAUGCAGGCGGCAGGCGCCGUCCUCGUAAGCCUUCGUGGACGGGAGGGCGACCAUGGGGCACCCUCGCUCCUGACGGAGCUGGAGCGAGCCCGGGGGAAGGUGCACCCUGGUUCCCAGCGAGAGCUGUAG